AUUGUAACGAUGAUGUUUUGGUGUUUGAGGUAGAUUUUUUGCCUUCAUACAUGAGAUAGCAUUGAUUUGUAUCAUCUGAAGUCCUUGUACUAGAAAAAUACGUGAUGCACCUGAACAUGUUUUCAUUUCAUCAUUAAUAAGAUUUUCGAAAAUGGUUGAGAAUUGUGUGUAUGUCCGCAACCUGUCGGCGGAGGCUACGGAGCCGACGCUGAGAGCUGAAUUUCAAUCAUGCGACCAGGUGACCGCAGUGAGAUUCCUCCAAUUUCCGAACAGCAAUGGGGUUUACGCGCAGAUCUGUUUUGCCACAUCGACAGGGGUGACGGGCGCCAUGAACGACAAACAAGGCAAGACUUUCCAGGGAGUCCCGAUGACGUACCAUUUUUUUCUUUUAGCGAAAAUGUUGUGGUGAUUAUCAAAUGGAGUUUCGGUUUAGAAGUUACCUACUGCGACGCAUUGUUGAAUGCAUUGAUGUCUACUUUGCUACUUCCUAGUACGGACAAAAUUAUUAGCGUCUAUAUGCCUGGCAACUACUGAAUUUUCUUUUAGCUUCAUCAAUAUUCACUCACUUUCAUAAUUUUUAACUUGCUUCUACAACAAGAACAACUACGUGUUUACACCCUCAUUUUUGACGCCGCUUAACAGGGUCGAGAUAAUGGACCCUGCCGCACCAAAGCCUGGGUCGACACCGGCACCGCCAGCGAGCACAUCAGCAGGGGGCGCUGGGACAGCACCCGGAGGCGGACUCCUACCGCCAGGACAAAUGGCACCCGAACAGCUGACUGAGGCACAUCUCUAUUUUCCAAAUGUGUGAAAUAAAGUAAUAUGAUGUAUAUUGUAUAUUAGAUUAGGGCUGUCGUUGUUGCUGAGAUGAAGAUAUUCGCUAGUAAGCAAUUAUGAUGGAGUCUUCUUCUCGAUGUCGAUUUACUUCUGCUCAAUCUCCACCCUUUGCAUGAACAAUGUAAAAACGCCAAUAUCUUCAGAUGCCAAGUGCGUUGAAGGUGCCUACGGCCGCGGACAUGAGGAAGGAGCGCUUGUCGAGAACAGUGUGCAUGUGUCCCCUGCCUGCUGGCGUCGACCUGCAGCUACUCUUGGUAUUCUGCCAGGUUUUUGGAGUCGUCAAGGAUCAACGAAUUGAGGAGGCUGACGCUAAUGGACAGAGGUUCGCACUGGUCGAAUUUGCGGAUAAAAAGUCCGCAGAAGUUUUCCUGAAUCCUGGCGCUCACGAGAUGACAGCUGCGGAGUCGGACGAGAAAGUUAGCGUGAAAGUGGAACCCGCGAAGGACGUUGUCAGCACAGUGGGUCUUGAAGAUCAAAUGAACAUUCCGAAAGUCGAUCGAGAUUCCCUGAAAGACAACAAAAAGCUCGGCGCGGUACUACUAAGGUUUUUUUUUCUUUGUGACUCACUGCAAGGAACUGUCAUUGGCAAAUUUGGUAAUUAUAGGUAAAUUACUUUGCAUGUUGGUGUUGUAGUUGUUGUAUUUAUCCUUGGUGAUAAUGCCAGGCCUAAAUGUAAAGUGAACCACAAGAAUAACUGCGUUCGACAUUGUCUCUAUGUUAUGAGUUAACUCAAUUGCCACAGGUCCUCGCAAAUUUAAGUGGUGGUCUCAGUUUCGGAGGGAGAGCUGCAACGGCAUCGAGCACCGCAGCCCCCGCUGGUGCGCUGGUUGAUGCGAAUAAGCGGGACAAAAAGCGAAGCCGAAGCCGAAGUAGAUCGCGUCGCAGCAGGUCUGACUCGAGAGGAGGUCGACGACCCCGGCGCAAGUCGUCCUCAAGAUCUCGUAGCCGUAGCAGUAGCGGAAGUCGCAGCAGGAGCCGCAAGAGAAAUCGAAGCGACAGCCGCAAUCGAGGCCGCAGAGGUCCUCUCGGGAAGAACAGGAGAAACGAUAGUCGCGGCAAGGGACGCGGCGGCCGAGCCCCACGUGGGCGCGGCAGAGACAGCAGGGGCCGCGGGCGUAGCGACCACUACCGCGGUGGCUACCGCGGCGGUGGUGGCGGCUACAAGGGCUACGGCAAGGGCAAAGGUGGAGGAUACUACGGUGGCAACUACAACGAUAAAGGCCGCGGCGGGAAAGGAGGCUUUAGAAGAGAAGGAAAAGACGCAUAUCGAGGACGGGAUCGAGACUCCUCACCGUUCUAUCGCAAAUUUCAGUUCGAGGGAAACGAAAACAAAGCAGAUGAGGAACGCACACGAAGUGGAGAAGAUAGACGCCCCAACAGGCGGGGGGCCGAAGACCGUAGUCCGAGCGCCCGUCCACGAGGACGCGGGCAUUCGAGGGAGCGAAGCACCGGAGGAUCUCCACCAAACAAUCAAAAAGCAAAUGAACCACGCGGACGCACAGGUAGCAGAGCCAGGGGGGACACUAGUGAUAGAAAGAGAGAUGCUAGAAACGAUCAGAAUCGAGAAGUAGAUCGCGAUGGUGAGCUUGCUGCCUCUUCAAGAAACAUCGGAAAUAGAGGUGGAAGACCUGUCGUCGAUCGUGAAGAGAACAUCGAAGAUGCCAAGCAUAGCAAAAAGAAGUCUCCAGGUGACAAGCCGACAUCACCACGGAGCCGCAGCCUAGAUGAGGAGCGCGCCAACGGAAAAGAAAAGCAAAAACGACGAGGCAGUCCAGACGCACGACCAGGGUCGUCAUCUCCAGCUGGCCGUCGAGGUAGAGACCCCGAUCGUGAAGACAAGCGAAAUACUAAAGCCCCUAAAAACCGAAAAGAGCAACCAGCCGCACCUGCGCGUGAAGCAUCACGCUCUGCAUCGCGUUCACCACCUGCGAAGCGCAACAAGAAGGCUGCGCGAGAAGAAUCCAGGUCAGUGUCGAGGAGAUCGGAACCGCGGGAAAAGGCACCGCGGAAGCACGAAAAGCCAUCAAAAAAGAACAUGAAACACGCAAAAAACGACGAUGUGUCAUCCGUUUCGCCAGCACGGGAUCGGAAAAGCAAAAGGAACAAAGGAGCGGCUGCAAGGACAGCUGAAGUAGAACUCGAGUCCGUGCCCAGAAAAGAGCAGGUACCUGGCAGUGCUUCUACACAUCGAUAAACUAUUGCUGUAACUCCACUGGUCAGAACACUGUGUGCUUGUGAACUUCGAUUUUCCCACACAUUGGAAAUUUUCAUCUAUCAACUAGCAAAAAAAGCAUCAGCAACAAUUUUCAUAGUUUGCAGUGAUAUUUUUACCUUUGUCUUGUUGACUUUCGUUGGUGUCCUCUGAUGAUGAAAAUGAAACAUUUACGUUGUAGUUUGUACCUUACAAAUAACCUUUCUAGCAGGUAAAGAAGAAGAAAAAGAAGACAGCUCGGGAUGACGAGUCAGAGGAAAGGCGAGAUAGGCGUAGCGAGUCACCAGAAAAAAUCAAAAAGCAGAAAAAAGCAAAGAGAAUGAAAAUGCGUGCUUUUAGCGACGACGAAGAUUAA